AUGGCGGUGAAGCCCACGGUCGCGACCCCGCUCGCGUCCAAGAAGUCCGCGUUCGCCGGCCGCGGCGUCGCCGCGGUCGCGCCGAAGACGGCCACCGGCGGCCGCGCUUCGCUCCAGGUCCUCGCGGCGUCCCAGAAGGAGAUGCGCGACCGCAUCAGCUCCGUGAACUCCACGAAGAAGAUCACCGAGGCGAUGAAGCUCGUCGCCGCCGCCAAGGUGCGCCGCGCGCAAGAUGCCGUCAUCAACGCGCGUCCGUUCUCCGAGUCGCUCGUGAAGGUGCUCUUCGCCAUCAACACCCGCCUCGCGGGCGAGGACGUGGACGUGCCGCUGUGCGACGUCCGCCCGGUGAAGACUGUGCUGCUGCUCGUGUGCACCGGCGACCGCGGCCUGUGCGGCGGGUUCAACAACUUCAUCAUCAAGAAGGCGGAGGAGCGCGUCGCGGAGCUCAAGACGCAGGGCGUCGCGGCGAAGCUCGUGACCAUCGGCAAGAAGGGCUCCGUGUACUUCAAGCGCCGCAAGGACCAGUACGACCUCGUGAAGACGUUCGACAUGGGCCAGGCGCCGAAGACGGAGGAGGCGCAGGCGAUCGCGGACGAGGUGUACUCUGAGUUUGUCGGCGAGGAGGUUGACAAAGUUGAGCUCGUGUACUCGCGCUUCGUGUCGUUGAUCAACAGCGACCCGUCGAUCCAGACGCUUCUGCCUCUGUCCAAGGAGGGUGAGAUUUGCGACGUCAACGGCACGUGCGUGGACGCGCAGAACGAUAUCAUCUUCUCGCUCACGACGGAGGAUGGGAAGUUUGCCGUCAAGGGCGAGCCGGUUGAGACGGAAGUCGCGGGGUUCGAAGGCGUGAUGCAGUUUGAGCAGGACCCGAACCAAAUUCUCGACGCGCUUCUGCCGUUGUACAUGAACUCGCAGAUUCUUCGCGCGCUUCAGGAGUCGCUCGCGUCCGAGCUCGCGGCGCGCAUGAACGCGAUGUCGAACGCGUCCGACAACGCGAAGGACCUCUCCAAGCGUCUGACGCUCGAGUACAACCGCAAGAGGCAGGCGAAGAUCACGGCGGAGAUCAUCGAGCUCGUCGCCGGCGCCUCCGCCGCGUAAGAAGCGAUGAGCGCGGGGAUAUGAUGAGUAAACGGAGGUACUACGUAGAGAGGAGAGGAUUGACGACGAUCGACGACGAUGACGAGAGGAGGAGAGCGGACCGGCGUCGGUCGUUUGGAAUAGUCGAGGAGGAGGAGGAUGGUCUGGUAACGAGAAAGUUGAACCGGCGACCGCGGGGACUCGAGCGCGGGAUCCCGUCGAUCCCGCCGGUUUGUUAAUAAUUCAUUGAACUUUGUUUCAAAACCA